GCCUAAAACCGAUAUCCACAAGGACAUUCCUUUGCCCUUCAUGUGCUUCAUCUUUACCCAGUAAAAAAUGACCCCAUCAGUGCUGGCUGCUGCUAAUAUUAAUAAGAAGGUGACCUCCAGCGUCUACCUGCCUAUGUAACCCGGGGCAAAGUACCUGACUUCACACAGUGACUGAGAUCCAGAAUUUUUACGUAGAUUCACUUAGCUUCCACGGCCCAUUCUAUUCAUUCAUGAGCUGGAGAUAACUAACCGCUCAUAAGCUGUUAAAUGAGGAUUUGUGAACGAAAGGGGACUGCACCACUUGCCUACCACCGCCCAGCACCUGCACAGUCGUCCCAGACUUUCACAAGGCACACAACCCAAGCGAAGAUGAGAGGGAGACCGCAAGACCUGCCUGUAAUUUCUAUGUGUGUGUGCAACACUCAGCACCCCAACAACCAGGACCGUAGUCCUGCCUCGGGUUUCGCUAAGCUGGAGCUUGGAGCCUCGGGCUGCACGCGUGCGCGCUGUCGCUCGGAGAUCUCUGGGUGGCCCGCUUCGCGGAGCUGAUCACCCGUCGCUCUUCAACUGAUGCGUCAACCGAUGCGCAGAGACGCACCGGACGCAUGCGCACUGGACGCGUGCAUGCCCUACCGCCUUUCUGCCCUCGCGUGGUAUUGUUUUUCUUUUUUUUAAACCAAUCACCAAAGCGCACGCGUAUCAGCUGCGUGCUGGAAAAUGGCCGGGAAGCUGGAGCCUCGGGAAGUGAAGUCGCAGGAAGUCGUGGAGGACGGUGAAGGUCAGACCGAGUCUUCAGAAAAGACCAAAGACUUGCUGGAAAUGGUGAAAAAGCUGCAGAAAGAAGGAAGCCUGGAGCCACAGAUUGAAGACCUGAUUAACCGGAUUCAUGAGCUUCAGCAAGCGAAGGAGAAAUCCAGUGAGGAACUGGGAGAAGUCCAAGCUCUUUGGGAGGCCCUACGUCAGGACCUGGACUCCUUGAGUGGAGAGAAAGUGCACCUGGAGGAGGUUCUGAGCAGAAAGCAAGAGGCCCUGAGGACCCUCCAGCUGCAUUGCCAAAGGAAGGCGGAGGAGGCACAGAGGAACUACGUGUUGGCAGAACACACAGAGCAAAUUUCUAUCCAGAACUCUCAGGUCACAGAGAAUCAAGGACAGAGCAAGCUGGGGUUGCCCAUGGAAGAACAGCUGGAGGACUUGAUAGGCCCGCACAAGGACCUCUGGGAAUUCCACAUGCUGAAGCGGCGACUGGCCUGGGAGAUCCGUGCCCUGCAGAGCAGCCAGGAGCAGCUGCUCACCGAAGAGAGGCAGGCGCUGGCCCGGCUGGAGGACGUGGAGCGGCGGCUGCUCCUGCCGCCCGAGGCCCCCGGCGCCCGGGCGGUGAUCGGCGGGCUGAAGGCGGAGCCAGAGAAACUCGGGGGAGAGGCCCCCGCCCAGACCCAGAGCACCCCAGAGGACCGGGCCGGCGCUGAAGAGGUAGAGAGCCGGCAGACGCGCCCGGGGUCCCUGCGGGAGGCGCGAGUGCGGACGCAGGGCGUCCUCGGGGAUGGGGACCGGGCCCGCCCCAGCAGGCCUGGCCCCGCUCCCCCUCCCAGCAGGCCUGACUACCGGCCCCCGCCCCAGCAGGUCGGCCCCCAGCUCCCCAGUGAGGGCGACCUGGCGCCGCCGACGGAGCUGGUCCCGACGCCCCACCCGGCCCCACCUUCCUUCAAGCUCGCCAGGGAAUAA